AUGUCCAUUCAAGAACUAUAUCUGAUUUUUUCUCUGUUGCUUAUCUGCUUCUUCAGGGAGAACUUCUGCAUCUGUGAUGGAACUAUUUGGACAAAGGUUGGAUGGGAGAUUUUUCCAGAAGAAAUGCAUUAUCUGAAAGUUAAGCCUUCUCCAUCUCACUGUCUACCUUACCCUCUGGAUAAACUAUGCUGCAAUUUUGCUAAUAUGGAUAUAUUUCAUGGUUGCUUAAAUCUCAUUUAUAUUUCAAUACAAGCUCUCAUUUUAAUCCUGUCUAUUUUAUCUGCACAUUACCUGUGGAUGAAAUGGAAGAAACACCAAAAAAAGCUUAAAAAACAAGCCUCUGUAGAGAUACCUGGUAAUGAUCUCGAAAGCCAGUCUAUUUAUGAUAUUGACCAAAUACUCUGCAGACUGGUGGCCACAACAUCAAUGAUGACCAAGUACCUAAACCAGGUAUCCCAGCAUCCUCCAGCUAAGAAAGCCAAGCAUCGCAUUAAGAGGAAGAAAAGUGAAGGAGGAGAAGGAGGCAUAGGAACACACAUCAUAUGUAAACAUAGCUCAGUCCAUCAUGGACUGAGAAAUCUAUUGGACAAAAGAAAUCUAUUGAGGGGACUGAAGUAA